UGGGUUAAGAUAUGCUGACAAAUUUAAAUUGAAAAAAAAAGUGUGAAGUGCUUUGAAGAUGAUAUUCGUGAGUUGCUUUCAGUAUUGGAUGAAGCUUUGAAAUCUUUUCUGUGCAGAUGUUGAUGUCAGAGCGUCUGGGGAAUCGAAGAGGUGACAAAAUGAAUCCUCCGGUUUUGAUAGAGAAGUGGACCCAUUACACUAUCUCUCGAGAAGGUUGUUACUUUUGUUGGACAGCUGUUUCCUUUAAAAAAAGUUGAUUUUACUGAAACGAGUUCAAACGAAUUAAUCAAAGUGGACAAAAAGUUUUCUAAUUUUUUUCUUUUUUUUAGAAUUAUUAUUUAAUUGAGAAGCUCAUUGUGUAACAAAAAUUUGAAUAUUUCCUGUUCUUUUUUUAAUAAUAGAUUUUUUAAUAAUUAUAUAUAUAUAUAUAUAUAUAUAUGUAAUAUAGUCGGUCAGAUCUUUGACAGAAAGCCGUUUCAACUCUGUAGUCCCGCCCUCGAAACAGGAAAUUAGUUGCCGACAGGCGGUUCGAAUUAUACAUUUCUCGGGAGAACCGGUAAGAAAGUAAGAACUUUUUUUUCUUAUCUUUCUAUCUUUCAAUUUUCCUUCAUCGGCAAUCAAUAAUCAUCAAAGAAAAAUUGUAUCUAUUUACAUAAUAUCUAAUUGCAGGUAUCGUAAUCAAAAAAUUCUAUUAAUUUUUGUCUCUGUAUAUACUUCACUUUGCUUAUAUUCUAACCCACAGUAAGUUUCUUUUUAUGCAAGCUUUCUAAGAGGGGAGAAGUCGUCGACGUGUCCCCUCGACAGCUGCCACCACUGUAAGAUCCGGUUCACACGACUCUCCUCGCUUAUUCCCUUUUUCUUUUUUCUUUUUACAUUUUUAUAAGAGCUUUCUGAAAAUUAUAUUUUGCUGAAGUAUCGAAGAAAGAAAAUUUGGGAAAAUUUGAUGGGAAGAUUUAUAAAAAGUGUAAAAGAGUCAUCACAUACGGAGACUUUUUUGCAGAAGAGCACUUAUCAAGGACGUUCAAUUUGCAAUACAUUCACAUGGGGACAGUGUUAGUGGAAGUCAGUAAACAGGAAAACACUGUGAGCAUUCAUUCCUCUCUACUGACCCACAUUCGCAGAAGUCGCUUAUCUUUUCUUCUGCUUCUCUUCUAUACUCUUAAACAAUCAACCAUAAGUCACACCAUGGCUCGUUGAUCUGUCAUUUUUCGCUGUUCAGAUUUCAGGGACCAUCAGUCCAUUGUUUUUCUCUGUUCUGUUGAAAAAUGAUCGAUUUGUAAAGUCAGAUAGAAGAGAAGUGUCAGGUUGGAACGCCAUAUAAAGAGUAUACAUGGAGCUCAGGUCAAUGUCGAAACGACCACCACCUUAUACACAUGUCGAUAGACAUAGGUUUAUGAAUUCGCAAAACAUCUCCACGACGAAAAAACAAAAUGGUUUAAGAAAGGUCAAAUUCGAAGAACAAGAUGAUUCACCACCAGUAAUAGUUAAAGAUGAAUGUACCAAGUUUUCGAAAUGUAAAUUAUUUAUCUAUUCCAUUUGUGCGCUCCUGAUAUUCUUCAUAUGUAUUAUUUGGAUUUUUCUGGUGUUCCCUUAUCCUAUGCAUGCUUCUUGCAUUAUAAAAUGGAAAUUUGAAGAUCCUUGCAUAUACGUCAUGCAGAAAUUUCGGUCUCAAAUACUUAAUUGGUCAUCCUGCAUGAAUUGUGGACCACGUGGUAGCAAAUGUCUAUAUACGCUCAAAGAACCAAAUCCAAAUGAAAGUAAUAUAAUUAGAGCUACACAUCUUGCUUCAAAUUUAAGAACUACGGAAACGAUGAAAAUCGAUUUCGAACAAAUUAACAAAACUUGUAUAGCAACGGGAGAAUCCACAUCAAAUGAAUGGUUUAGAAUAUUUGAUUAUGGUACAAAUUACUGCAAUUUGCAUAAUUUAAUAACCGGGAUUGGUUUUGAUAAAAGUUUGAAGUUUUUGGAACUGACAAGCAAUACAGUUUGCACACAAUAUAAUAUGGUGGUUUGUAAUUAAAAAAAUUAUUUUGAUUUUUCUUUAUUAUUUAUAAAACAUUUUAAUUUAAUUAUAUUUGUUAACAAUUUUAAAUAAAAUUACAAAUAGGUUAUAA